UGUUGUUGAAAACGAGGCUGCCGAAUCCUCUCCUCCUGUAGCCAUUGUUGGUGCAGGUUUACCGGUGAAGUUCCUCUCACCAUCCGCCUCCAUCCUCCCUCAAAUCACCAUGAAUCGCGUAGGUUACGAGCUGGUCAUCUUCGGGGCGCUCCUGGCUUCGUGCUGCACGGCUAACCAGGGCGCCUUGGGCGGCGAUCUCGUCAAUACGGCCGUCAAUCGACAGAUAGAUCUCACGUCGCAACUGGCGAAAUUCACCACCACCAUCACCCUGGAAAACGCGGGGAAAACCGCGACGACUUCCUUCGUGCUGGCGAUCGACCCUUCUCUGAGAGACAGACUUUCUUUCAUUGGAGCGACGACAAAAGAUGACGAUGCAGAGAAACUGCCCGUGACCCAGACAACCGUCCCAGGGCGAACGACAGACAUCUUGUUCCGUGUAGACCUCCCGAAGGCCCUCGGCGCGGGUCAGUCCACCACCGUGAACGUGGAGGAGUCGUACACCCACGCACAGACCCCCUUCCCCGCCCAGAUCACCCAGGCCGAGGACCAGCUGGUUCUCUUCAAGGGCAACCUGCACUUCUACUCCCCCUACAAGACCCAGUCGGAGACCACCACCGUCAAGCUGGCCUCCAGCAAGGUCGAAUCCCACACCAAGACUAAAGCCAAGGUCGAGGACAGCUCCAUCGUCUACGGACCGUUCGAGAAUGUCGAGCCCUUCUCACAGGAAAAGCUUCAGGUUCACUACGAGAACAACACACCGUUCCUGGCCGUCAGCAGCCUGGUGCGUGUAAUCGAGGUCUCACACUGGGGUAACAUCGCCGUGGAGGAGACCUACGACGUGCGACACUCCGGCGCCCGCCUCAAGGGCUCGUUCUCCCGCUACGACUACCAGCGCCAGCUGGACGGAAGGUCAUCUGUCAAGUCUUUCAAGACGAUCCUGCCCGCCGCGGCGCGUGACGUGUACUACCGAGACGAAAUUGGAAACAUCUCCACCAGCAACCUGAACGAGCAGGACGACGCCGUAGAGCUCGAGUUACGCCCGCGCUUCCCGCUGUUCGGGGGCUGGAAGACCCACUACUACAUCGGCUACAACCUGCCCAGCUACGAGUACCUCUACAACUCAGGUGACGAGUAUGCUCUGCAGAUGCGAUUCGUCGACCACGUCUACGACGAUCAGGUGAUCGAUGACAUCACUGUCAAGAUCAUCCUGCCCGAGGGCUCCAAGAAUGUGGACCUGUCUGUGCCGUUCCCCGUAGACCGCCAUCCCGACGAGCUCCACUUCACGUACCUGGACACGUUCGGCCGCCCUGUGGUGGUGGCACACAAGUCCAACCUGGUGGAGCAGCACAUACAGGACUUCACCCUGCGGUACUCGUUCCAGAAGCUCCUCCUGCUCCAGGAGCCGCUGCUGGUUGUCUUCGCUUUCUACAUCCUCUUCUUCACUGUCAUCGUCUACGUCAGGCUGGACUUUGCCAUCUCAAAGGACGAGGCCAGCGAGUCCCGUAUGCGGAUGCAGGGCCUCCUGGACCAGCUGCAGGCGGCACAGGACAAGCGCACCUCGCUCUACCAGCGCUACGAGGACGCCAUCGCCAAGUUCAAGUCCACCAAGGACCUGGCCGGCUUCACCGGCAGCCGCAAGAAGAUUGACGCUGAGCACAAGGAGCUGAGCAGCACCAUCAAGGAGCUGCAGGGCAAGCUCAAGCUGGAGAGUACUGAUGUGGCUGAGAAGGUUGGUGAGCUGCAGAAGCUGGACACCAACCUUAAGGAGCAGAUCGGGCUCUCCAUCACGCUGGCUGAGAAGGUGGUGGCUGGGAAGAUGGGAAAGCAGCAGUAUGUGGAUAACGAGAAGGUCUACUCCGCCAAGCGCGAAGACAUCAUGGGGAAAACAGAAACCCUCCUCAGCACCCUCUAACUCUCACUCAUUCUAGAUUUGUUAAACCAGCGAGCCAUCUACAUAUCGGUUCUGAUGUCUGUUACUAUGAUGAAAAUUAUAAAAGAAACGAGUCUGAUUUCCGAAAAUAAUUUCAUCAUGUUGUUAGAAUAUAGGAUAUAGGAGAAUUCUUGUACACAACCAGGAUGUGCUUACUUGUAAAAGCACCACCUGCAUCGGCUACAUAUAGGGACGAGAAGCAGGACUCCUGUCAGAAGCUCUGACGAAGGUGUCUGAUAGACACUGAAAUAUCCUGAUUGUAUACAAGAAUUGUCCUAUUUCCAACAAGUCUGAUGUCUGUUAGUACUGUCUAAAUGUAAAUUACAAGAGAAACAAUUGUUACUGCAUGUGAAAAUCAACUGAUG